AUGAAUACACUGUCAUACUUUUCACAAUACAUAUUUAAUCCAUUUAGUAAUAAGGAAGAUCCUCCCCAAAAAAAUGGUUUUGAAGAUAAACAUAAUGAACCAUUGCAUACACAAGAUCCCUUAGAAAAUGUGGAUAACAUCGACUUUGAUAGUUUGGUACCUCUUACAGUCAAUAUUAAGUCAAGUGACAUAGAAACUCUAGAAGAUACGGACUCUUUAAAUAUAACAGAAAAUACUGAACAAAAUAAUGAAGAGAAAACUGCUUCCAAUAUGAAAUUGAAUGUAUCCCAUGAUAAAGAAACCUUAAGUAAUAUACAAUAUGGUUUUAAGAGAAUUUUGAUGUCAAUUAUUUUCUUUUUACCCUGCUAUUUGAUAUAUAAACCGUUUUGUUUCAUGUGGCGGGUUAUAACUUUACCUAUAUCUUUUGUUGAAAGAGGUAUAAAAUUACGUACUAGAUCGCGUCUAAAAUUCUUAAAUACCAAGAAAUCAAAUAGCAUAUCUUCAAAAAGUUCAACGUUAGAAUCUAUUGGUGAAACACCAGAAGAGGAUUUAUCAUCUGGCGAAGAAUUUUAUCUACAAAGAGAUACAGUCAAGGGAUCAUUAUUUAGAGCAUCGACUAUAAAACGAGAUAAUUCAAAAUUGAAACAAGGUAAAUCAUUAGUUAAUUCUGAUGGUGCCAGUCAUGUUAGUACAACUACUUUAGGCACUAAAAAAAUGGGAAGGUUUUUAUUUCCCAAGAAAUUGAUACCUAGAUCUAUUUUGUAUUCAAAAAAAAAGAAAACUUUAGUAAUUGAUCUUGAUGAAACUUUGAUUCAUUCGAUAUCUAGAGGUACAACUCAUAACAACCCAUCACAAGCACACAUUGUUGAAGUAAAAUUUUCUACUAGUGGGGUCUCUACAUUAUAUUAUGUCUAUAAAAGACCAUACUGCGAUCAAUUUUUGAAUAAAAUAUCAAAAUGGUACGAUAUUAUAAUAUUUACUGCUUCUAUGAGGGAAUAUGCAGAUCCAGUUAUUGAUUGGUUGGAAAGUUCUUUUCCAGGUAAAUUCAUAAAAAGAUUAUAUAGGAAUGAUUGUACACUUCGGGAUGGUGUGGGUUAUAUUAAGGACCUCAGUAUUAUAUAUGGUGGAGGCAAGAAUUCAGUAUCUGCAGAUAGAUUAAAUGAGAUAAUAAUUAUUGAUAAUAGUCCAAUAAGUUAUGCAAUGCAAGUAGAUAAUGCUAUACAGGUGGAAGGUUGGAUCAGCGAUCCUACUGAUGCAGAUCUUUUAAAUCUUAUUCCUCUUUUGGAAGCUUUAAGAUACACGACAGAUGUACGUAAUAUCUUAGCUUUAAAAAGCGGCGAGAAAGCUUUCCAUAUUGAAUGA